AUGGAUGUGGCGGCGUUUCGACGGCUGCAGCACCGCAUGGAGUCGCGUGGCCGAGCAGCGAGCAGCUGCCGACACGGCCACUCUCUCUGCAGCUGCGCCCCACCGCCCCCACGCGGUGAGAGCGCUGGCAUGGCGACGCUGGACCCCGCCGCGCAGGCGUGGCUGCUGCACCGGGUGCAGGGCGUGGAGGUGGACAUCACGGAUGGCGGGACCAGCCACCGACGGCCGCAGUCGUGCUGCUGCUCCUGCUGCCAGGGAUACCACCACUUGUUUCACACCUCAAAGAGAGACGCCGCUGAGGCAGAAGCACCUGGCACAUCUGCAAGGCGCCUGAGUCCAGUACGAGAAGCAGCAACAGAAGAGCAUCCCCUCGCGAGGCCCGGGGAGGGCACAGUUAGAGGGACGUCGUCACCUGUACGGGGCGUACAGAGUACACAAUAUGGUACUGCCUUUAGUCCAGCGAAGGCAUCGCUGAUGCUCUCCUCUUUUCUUCACCGAGCGGAGUCUCUGUCGCCGCAGCUGCCAUCCGCUAGCCGGAGCGCAAGCCGUGCAGACGAUAGUCAUAGACAACAGCAGCGCGGUCUGACCAUGGCGGAUGAAUACGGCGGCGUCUCGAGGCUUUCCUUCGACUUGCGACGCACGCAUGAAUUGCCGUCCGUUCCAUGUCCCAUCAUCACCUCUGCUCAGCCUGCGAUGCAGUCAACACUCCUGUCACAAUUUGACACCAGCGCACAGCAGCAGCAGCAGCAGCAGCGACAAGAACCACAACCAUCUCUUUCCGCCGUUGCAACUCCGGCACAGCCACAGCAGCAGCAGCAACCACAACAGGCAAGUGAGGUGCCGCAAAGUGCUGUAGUAGCGACUGAAGGGGCCGCCGAUGUACAACGCCCACACACCACAGCCGUUGCAGUGGAAGCCGCCAUGCAGACGACAUCUCUGUUGGACACUCCACCCGUAACGAGUGCCAACGGGGCGCCACCAUUGGGCGCGUCUGGCUCUGUUUCAGCAUCUGCUGGUGCAGCUGGACCGCAACAGCUUCCUGUGCAACAGUCAGGUGUCUCCAUGACGAGUGCCGUUUCACCUGCAGCCGCUGCUUCAGUGGCAGUACCAACAGCGCAGCCGUCUAACAUUUCCCCAGCGCUCGCUCCACCGACAGUUCAAUCAGCGGAAGUGGGAACUUCAACAACAGCAACAGCAGCACCUGGUGCCUCUACUGCUACUGGCGGAGGGCCCUCCGCUGAGCCGACGCCGGCUGAUGUAAUCAACGCGCUGCGUGAGAAACUGCUUUUAGAGAAGGCAGACGCUUAUGUGCGCGGAUUAGAGCAGCGACAGCAGGAAGAAGAGAGGCUCUCGCGAGAACAAGAAGAACAGCUGCGGUCCCACCAAGAGGACGAGAUUGUAUCGCUGCUCUUCCGUCUUCGUCAAGACGACCACGAGAUGCUAGAAGCAAUGUUUGACACCAUUACUCAGCGGGAUGAGAAUGAGGCACCACCACCGCUUCCGCCCCCACCAGCCACACAGGACACGGCGCCACCGUUUCCCGCAGGAGUGAUGGCUGCCUACACGAUGGGCAUAGAGAAGGCAGCUCAGCCGCUGUCACAGCCAAAGCAGGAGCCGCCGAUGCAACCAGAGCACCAGCAGCAGCAGCCACCCCCACCGAGUUUUACUGUGCCACCGCUUCCACAAGCCGCACCUGCACCCGUGGCGCCAGCUCCACCACCACUGCCACCACUACCCACCUUUACUGUACCACCGCUUCCACAAGCCGUACCUGCACCCGUGGCGCAAGCUCCAGCAGCACCAGCACCACUGCCACCACCAUCAUCGACGUCUAGAGCAGUUCCGUGGGAUUCGACGAGUGUGACGAUGAAGGCAUGGGUUGAUGAGCACUUUGGUUCAACGCUGGAUCCGCAGCACCGCGCCCUCUUGCAGCACGUCCUGCUAUCCAGAGAGGCGGAGGUGCGACGGGGAGCAGCCGCCGAAUCACAGUGCAAAGAACUCGAGGCCAGGCUCUCUGCGGCAAAGGCUUCAGGCCCGCAAACGGCUGGGGACGGAACAGUCCGACCAGACUUCAGUCAACUGCAACAACAACAGCGGGAGAGUGAAUUAACAAAAGCGCUUACUCUCCUCCACGCAAAGGAGGAAGAACUAAAGGCGGUCCGAAAGAUGCAGCAAGAGCAGGAAAGAAAGGUGGCGGAACUGACCCAAUCGUUGCUCCCGCAGCCUCUCCGGAGACCAGGUGCUGGCGGUCUCGAGGAGGAAAAUGAAGAGCUGCGUCGCUGGAAGGUGCGUUGCGAGACCACUGAGCAGCAGCACCGCUUCAGCGUGCAGCGUCUGGCAGAGUUGCAGGCGUACAUUGAGCAGCUGCGGAGUGGCGCCCAGCAGGCUGUUAGGGAUGUUGUUUCCUCGAAUGCCGCUGCUCACACCGUGCCAAUAGACGCAACAACGGUGCGGCUGUCUUCUCUCAGUGGAUCACGCCCAACCUGUUGCUGGGAGGGUGCCACGCCACACAGCAGCGUGUCAGGUGCGCGGUUUCUGCCUGAAGGUAACGGCCCAUCGCAGCAGCUGCCACCACCACUAUCACCACCGCUGCGACAGCACGUGACAGCCAGCAACACCCCUGUUGCGGCCGUGCCGUCGCAGGGUCCGUUGACAGGGCUGCCAGAAGCAGCGCGGCAUCCUUUGGCCUCUUUAGCUCCUGCUGCUGGCGAUAGUGCAUACCGUGCGGAAGCGCUGCGGCAGCUGCGAGAGGAGCUUGAAACGGAGUGUGGGCGAUUCGCCGACGAGUCGCAACGCUGGCAUCAGUACGUGCGGAAUCAAGAAGAGCGGUGGACACAACUUCAUCAGCGCUGA